AUGGUUGUCAAAGAGGACGAACUUGUUGAACCUGGUCCUGAUGCAACGGAAUAUGAGAUUCUCGAGCAUGAUGAAUGUGUUGAACAUAAUGAACUUGCAAAGUGUUAUAUUAUGGCUUCCUUAGACCCUACUUUACAAAAGAAACAUGAAGGAAAGAAGAAUUGCAAGGAGAUCUUGGAAAGACUUAAGGUUUUGUACGAAGAACGUAAUCGUACUGCACGUCAAAACGCUAUGAGUAGUUUGAAGAGCACCAAGAAGGCUGAAGGUACACCAGUUCAGGCCUACAUUCAUAAGAUGAUAGGAUAUAUAAAUGAAUUGGAAUCCUUAGGAGUCGAGCUGGAUAAUGAAUCAAAAGUUGAUGCAAUUCUUGUUUCACUUUCUCGAUCCUUUAAACAGUUCAAAGUGAAUUUUAGUAUUCAAGAAAUAAAUCUCACUUUGUCAGAACUGAGCAAUAUGUUACAGAGGGUUGAGGGUAUUAUGAAGAAAGAUAAAUCCAUAGUGAUUGUUACAGAAACUGCUAUACCGUCUAACUAUAAGAAAAGAAAGUUUUCUUAUAAGAAAAAGCGAGCAAAAGGAAAGAAAGUUUUCAAGAAAGAAAGUUUUCAGACUGGUGAUGAAAGCUUCUUUUGUAAUAAGAAGGGGCAUUGGAAAAGGAAUUGUAAGAGUUACAUUGUAUCAUUGAAGAAGGAUAAAUCUUCUGAAGGACAUGUAAUGGAACUAAAAGAUUAUCUUUAUGUGCCAUCAUUUAGGAGAAAUUUGAUUUUUGUUUCUAAACUUCGCAAAAAUGGAUAUUCUACUUUAUUUGGGGAAGCAUCUACUAUAAAAAGAUCAAAUUGUGGUCAAGGAUUUAUAACUCUAGAAGAAGAAUUGUCUUCUUCGAUUGGAGAGUUAUCUGAUCCAGUGGGAGAGACUCCAAAUACCGUUGGAGAUUCUAUUGAUUCAGUAGGAGUGUCAAGUGAUAAAGUGAAUGGUUAUUCAUUAACUAAAUUUGUUGUUGAUGCACCAAUUAUAAUAAGGAGAUCAAGUAGGAUCAUUCAUCCACCUGUACGGUAUAGGCACUUUGCUGAAAUAUAUUGGAUGGAAAAUAAAGAUGAUGAUGAAGAUCCUAGAACUUAUAAAAAAGCUAUGUCUGACAUAUAUUCUAGUAAGUGGGUUGAUGCCACGAAAGCUGAAAUGAACUCCAUGUAUCAUAACAAUGUAUGGGCCUUGGUUGAUCCACCUAUUGCGGUAAAACCUAUAGGAUGUAUGAUGGUAUUGGUUAAAUUAUGGCUUUCAAAUAACUUCUCUAUGAAACAUCUUGGUCAAGCAUCCUAUAUUUUGGGUCUCAAACUCUAUAAAGAUAGAGAAAAGAGACGUAUAGGAUUAUCACUGUCUACUUAUGUGGAUAAGAUCAUCAGAAGGUUCAGCAUGCAAGAUUCCAAGAAUGGAAUACUUCCUAUUAGACAUAGAAUCUCACUCUCAAAGGAAAUGUGUCCUAAAUCUAUAGAGAAGAUUAAGAGUUUUAGAAAUAUAUCAUAUGCUUCAACAAUUGAUAGUUUGAUGUAUGCUAUGUUAUGUACUAGACCUGACAUAACAUAUGAUGUUGGGCUUGUAAGUAGAUUUCAGUCCAAUCCUAGUGAGGAACAUUGA